GAUUUUAGAGAAAAACGUGGUGUUGUGGAUAGGUCACGCGGAAAUUUGAGAUAGCCAAAAUUCACUCUCCAAGUUCAUUCACACACUAGCCAAAAUUGCCAAUUUUCUUCAAAAAAUUUCUCUCCAUCUCAACAAUCCAAUCCACCAUGUUCUUCUCCAGAUCCAAUUUUCCCCCAAAUUUCACACAUUCUCCCAAAUUCGUAACCCCAAUUCCAAAUACAGUCGUUGACUUCCAGGAAAAUCUGUAUGAUAUAGUGUUCCUUCAAGCUUAGAUCAUAGGCAUCAAUGUCUAUCUUAUGUGGUGUGCCUAUCCUUGAGUGUGUAUGCUGUCUCGGAUGUGCUCGAUGGGUCUGGAAACGAUGUCUCCACACAGCUGGUCAUGACAGUGAAACUUGGGGGUUUGCUACUCCUGAUGAGUUCGAGCCUAUUCCCCGAAUUUGUCGAUAUAUCCUAUCCGUGUAUGAAGAUGAUAUUCGAAAACCCCUUUGGGAACCGGUUGGUGGGUAUGGAAUCAAUCCAGAUUGGUUACUCAUGAAGAAGACAUACAAAGAUACACGAGGACGAGCUCCUCCAUAUAUUUUAUAUCUUGAUCACAAUCAUGCCGAUAUUGUUCUUGCCAUCAGGGGACUUAAUAUGGCAAAGGAGAGUGAUUAUGCAGUUUUAUUGGACAACAGGCUGGGAAAGAAGAAAUUUGAUGGUGGAUAUGUUCACAAUGGGCUUCUGAAGGCAGCUGGUUGGGUUUUGGACAAUGAGAAUGAAACUUUAAAGGAUUUGGUGAAGAAGUAUCCAGAUUACACCUUGACAUUUGCUGGGCAUUCUCUUGGCUCCGGAGUCGCAGCCAUGCUAACUUUAGUAGUAGUACAGAAUCACAAAAAAUUGGAAAAUAUUGAUCGGAAACGGAUAAGGUGUUAUGCCAUUGCUCCUGCCAGGUGCAUGUCCCUAAAUUUGGCAGUUAGAUAUGCAGAUGUCAUCAACUCUGUUGUCCUUCAGGAUGACUUUUUACCGAGGACUGCCACACCUUUGGAAGACAUUUUUAAGUCACUCUUCUGUUUGCCAUGCCUUCUAUGUCUGAGAUGUGUUCGGGAUACAUGUAUAUCAGAGGAUAAGAUGCUCAAAGAUCCAAGGAGACUUUAUGCACCUGGUCGACUCUAUCACAUUGUUGAGCGAAAACCCUUCAGGUGUGGGAGGUUUCCGCCAGUUGUGAAGACGGCUGUUCCAGUGGAUGGGAGGUUUGAACACAUAGUUCUUUCUUGUAAUGCAACUUCAGACCAUGCUAUCAUUUGGAUAGAGAAAGAAGCCAAGCGGGCCCUGGAAUUAAUGCGCAAGGCUGAUAAGGUCAUGGAGAUACCACCCCAACAGAAGAUGGAGAGGCAAAAGACUUUAGCCAGAGAGCACAGUGAAGAGUACAAGGCUGCAUUGCAGCGGGCCGUGACAUUAGCUGUGCCACAUGCAUAUGCGUUUUCUCCAUAUGGAACCUUCAGCCAAACAGAAGAAGGGGAAGAAAAAGAAUCACCUGCAUCGAGUGGAGGGUCGUUGAGGAGGAAGAAAGAAACUUGGGAUGAACUGAUUGAGCGUCUGUACGACAAGGAUGAUUCAAGGCACACAGUGUUGAAGAAAUCACACAGUAGUAUUUAACGUUACACAUUAUAUUCAUUCAUAUCAAUACUUGUUACAUGAUGGAGUUUCCUCGGAUGAAUCUAUGGUACGACAUCGGAUUAUCUUUGAGGAUGUUGAUUUUCUUGGCUUCAAUUGUUUGAAGAUGAUGGAAAAUAUGCAGUGUUCAUCCAAUUUUUUAGAAGUGUGAUGAAGUUCAACAAUAUUUUUUUGAUGUGUUACUUGUAAGUUUCUUCAUUGUAGGAAGUGAAUAUUUAUAUUAGGUAAGUUUGUGGAGGUAGAUAGAUUUUUUUUUAUAGCACAUUCUAUACCAUUGUUUAAAUGUUCGAAAAAUUAUAUAUCAACAAUAGCUCUAUGUAAUAGUGUGUGAUAAAGAUCGAUACUUCUGCUUAAUAAUCGUUUUUGGAAAAAAAUACAGUUCUGGUCCCCAAAAUUUGAGCCA